UCUUUGAGCCUACUGGGCUCCAAUGCACAGACGUCUUUCUUUCCGAAGUCUUGGGGGACAUUAUAAUAAACUUACUUGAAAGGGUGGCGCCAUUUAUCGAGCUGAACACCCCACGCUUGCAGAACUCUCCAGUAGAAAGGUUUGGUUGGUAUCGUUUCUGGUCUGAAUCAGUCGGAACGGUGGGGAAGCACGAUGCAGUUGAUUUUCACGGUUUUAUCAGCUUUGGUGGUUGCAACAACGGCUAAAAAUGCCACAUUCUAUAAGGUGGAAGAUGCGAUUAAAGAUCACUACAUAGUUGUGAUGGAGCCCGGAUAUGAGGCAGAAGUGAUCACGAAGCUUCUGAUGGAAGACAAUACCGGGACUUUCAGCAAUGUGUCUAUCAAACACACCUACAAGACAGCCAUCAAAGGCUUUUCAGCCAAACUCACCGAUAAAGCUCUUCAGAAGCUGCUGGCCCGAGAAGAGAUAAAAUAUAUAUCUCAAGAUGGUAUGGCCCAUGCUACGGCUGUUGCAUCCUGGGGGCUUGAUCGUAUCGACCAAAGGGAAUUACCAUUGUUGGGAGAUUAUGACGUUAGAGGUGAUGGGUCAGGUGUGAACGUGUAUGUCAUCGAUACAGGAAUCUAUCCAGAAAGUUUGUACUUUGGAGGUCGAGCAACCCCUGUCUUUGAUUCCAUCGGAGACGGCAGGCCUUUUGGAGUAGACUGUAAUGGCCAUGGAACCCACUGUGCGGGAACAGUAGGAGCUAGUAUGUACGGAGUAGCAGCAAAUGUUCAACUGUUUGGGUUGAGAGUGCUUAACUGUGCUGGUUCCGGGUCAUGGAGUGGGAUCAUAUCAGCAUGUGAUUAUGUAGCACAAAAUGGAAACAGACCAGCACUGGCAUCAAUGUCCCUUGGAGGUGGAGCUAGUACUGCAGUGGAUGAUGCAGUGAGAGGAAUGAUCGCGUCUGGCGUCACCGCCGUGGUAGCCGCCGGAAAUUCCGCGGACAAUGCAUGCGGUUAUUCACCUGCUCGAGUUAGUGAGGCUAUAACGGUUGGUGCAACAGACAUAAACGACAGUGAGGCUUCUUUCUCCAACUAUGGUACGUGUGUGGAUGUGUAUGCCCCUGGUGUUGAUAUACCAAGCACCUGGAUAGGAGGAACAGAGGAAACCAGAACGAUCAGCGGUACAUCCAUGGCUACCCCUCAUGUUACAGGCGCUAUAGCACUACGUCUAGCCAAGAGGCCAAAUCUAACACCCGCUAGAAUAAAAAAGAGGGUAAUUAACAAAUCGACAAAGAAUGUCAUCACGAAUAUCGGACCUGGCUCUCCGAAUCGUCUCCUUUAUGCUCCCUAGAUGUGGACUAUAGAUGUCUCCAACUGGCGACCCUUAUAUACUUUUAAAGGACCAACCCAUACAGCCCAUAAAAGAAACACCAGACGAGCCAAACACCAUACGAAUGAUGUAAUCCAAUGAUGAUACACCACGAGUAAUGCAUACACCACUUACGAUCUUACAAAUCUUUAAAAUGCCAUAACUCUUUGUUAUUCCUCAUCCGAUUUUGAUCAAAUUUCCAGUGUUUUGUUUGGAUGUUUUUUUUCCAAUUCAUUUCAAAUCAUCUUAUAUUCAGCCUCGGCGAAUUUGCUGAAAAAGCAACCACUUUUAACACCCUUUAUAUCGAGGCAUAUAUUUGGACGCGGUGCUUAGCAGUCUGUUUUAAGAUUGACCCCCCCCCCCUCUCUGGGCUACAAGUGUACUAUAUGAAACAAAAUUUUAGCCAGUUGGAUAGAAAUAUACACUCACUACAAUUCUUGAUAUGAUCAGAUGACAGAAAGGCAACGAGGUAAUUUUGUUUACUUGCGCGUAUAACCCCAUCAAAACUAGGCUUCCAAAAUAAUCAUUUGUCUUUUGAUUUUUUUUUACUGUUACUAACAUGUAUAUAUGGGGAUACCUUUCAGAAUACUUAUUGAUGGUAUUUUUUUAUAUCUAUAUUUUUAGGGUUUUAUUGUAAUUCAUCACGAAUCACAAUAUUAAACAAGUUGACAUGAUGCUAAAAAAAGAAAUGUUGGGCAUUUCAUAGUCUUUUUUUUUAACUGGUAAAUGAUGUCUUCGCUUUUUAAUCAUUUUAUCUGUUUUUACAAUUAUUUUGUUCAUUGUUACAAUUUCCUAGCGAUGUAUAUCUUCUGCUUCCUAGAAUUGUUUAUUAUUAUGUUCAUAUUAAUGGCAAUUUGAUAAUAGAAUGUGAUAUAGAAAAAUGAUGAAUAAUCAAACUUCAAGAUUUUUUUCUUCAGAAAAUUAUAGAUAGAUGUUUUCAUGAUCGUAUGUAGUCGUGAUUUUGGCGCUUGAUUUAUACAUUUAUACCCCGGUCGCUACGAUCCGUCUAAAUUACACAAUUGUGUUUCCAUUAUCGCGUAGUCUUUUCCUCUAGAUGAGGAAAUUAUUUUGGUAAAAAUUUCUAAAAAUUUACUUUUGAUACAUUGUAUUGUGAGAUUUUUAUAUACUAAUCGGGUUUUAAAUGUGAUUGUGUUCUUGAGUUGAUUUAAACGCAAGUAAGAAAUCAUGAGUCAUUAGAUAAAAUGGCCCUGUUCAUGUUCAUAAUUAAAUUUAGUUUACUUUCAUAUUUUAACCGAUCAUUUUUUUUAACAAAAAAGUUAAUAAAUUCCUUAUAGUAUCCAA